CCGUCCUUUCCGUUCUUUUCAUCCCCUCUCCGCACUUGUCUGAAAAACUACGAGAGACAAGUCACACUUUCAACAUCCGUGGACGAGCCUGUCAAGGUCGUUCAUCAAUAAAAUUCCAGAAAUAGUUCCUCGUGAUUGAAUCAUCAAAAUCACCUAAUUAUAAUUUUGAUAUUAUAUGUGAACGAAUGAAAAUAAUCGCGUAAAAAUAUCACCACUAAAAUUCAGUCGUAUAAAUUGCUGAAAGAAGUGUAUGGGAUAUUAUAAGAUGGCGUCAGCAGUCAUCACGUCGUGGACUUGAGAGAAAAAUGAGAAGAUAAGAAAUGUGCAGUUUUUGUUAAAAAAAAAAAGAAGUGAGAACGACUAAUUAUCUGUGUGUGAAAGACUAUAAAUGAGGGUUGAUGUGUGGUUAACUGGUUUUGUUAAAAAUGUCAAUCGAAAUGUCUCUGGUGGAAUUAUUAAUCAAAUGUGAGUCACAACUAGGAUAAAUAAAUUGAACUUGAUGAAAUCUUCCAUGAAGUUAGGUCUUGGGAAUUGCAAUCUUUGUAUGUGCUCAUCGAUGCCUUUGUCCAGUGUGUCACACUGUGUUGCCAGGACUUUUUAGCCCCCGCCCGUGAUUACAGCGAUAGCAAAGGCCAACGAUAACCCAACAUUCAACUGUCGAGGGCGAUUCGUAACAACUUAAAACAGUCCAAGUGUUGAAAAUAACAUUGAUUAACAAUGCGUGAAUUUAAGGUAGUGGUGUUGGGCUCGGGUGGUGUGGGCAAGAGUGCACUGACAGUGCAAUUUGUGUCUGGAUGUUUCAUGGAAAAGUACGAUCCAACGAUUGAGGAUUUUUAUCGUAAAGAAAUUGAAGUGGACAAUUCACCGUGUGUUCUGGAGAUACUUGACACUGCUGGCACUGAACAGUUUGCCAGUAUGAGGGAUUUGUACAUUAAAAAUGGCCAGGGCUUCGUUGUUGUGUACAGCCUUACCAAUCAUCAAACAUUUCAGGAUAUUAAGGCUAUGAAGGAGCUUAUCACACGCGUCAAAGGUACUGAGAGAGUACCAGUGUUAUUGGUUGCUAAUAAAUUGGAUCUGGAGCAUCAGAGAGAGGUGGAUACUGCCGAGGGUAAUGCACUUGCUCAGCUGUGGGGCUGUCCAUUUGUCGAGGCAUCAGCCAAAAAUCGUACCAACGUCAAUGAAGUUUUUGCUGAAAUUGUUCGGGAGAUGAAUUUUAGCCCGGAAAAGGAGAAGAAAAGUUACUGUUGUUGCAGUGUACUCUAAUACUUAAUCAAAAGGAUGGUACAUUGGGACCGAUUGAGACUGAAAUUUUACUGAGUGCUUUAAAAUACAUGUGGCACAAAAAGUACCAUAGAAUUCCAUAAUGCAGGAGUGAAAUUCUUUCAUCUGGAUAUACUCUUCGUCAAUAUUUCCAUUCGGAAUUUUCCAUAUUCUCCAGGAGUGAAGAUUAAUUUCGAGGGAAUGCCUUUUUUUAUUGAAAAAAUAAUCAUGAAUUUGUUGUUGCUAUUGUCAAACGUACACGACUGACUCGUCUAUCUGUUCGUCACGUUUUGGUUCUUCUCUUUUUGCGUUUCAUUUAUAUUUUCGGGGGAGGAAGGAUACGAAAUUAAUCGAGUAUGGAAAACUUUAAAGAUCGUGGCUGUCAACUAGCUUCAUGGCCGAAUAUUUUAAUAUAACAUGGAUAGUAUUAUAUGUAAUUAUCAUUGUAAUAUAUUAAUUAAGUACGACUGGUAUAAAUAAGAGUGGAAACGGGGAGGAUAUUGGUGGUAUUUUGAAGGUGACAAAUUUUAAGGACCAAUGCGCAAUUCAUUUGUAAAAUUGUAAUCGGUUUGUAAGGUAGACGUGAGACGAUUGUGUGAUGGCCCCAUUCUUCUUGGUGUUAUUGAGUUAAUUGUUAAUGCUAAAGAAUAGAAACGAAAAUAAUCUUAAUUGGAUAGUUCAUUUGUUGAUUAUUUUCGUGCUCAAUUAUGGAGAUUUUUUCUUUUAUUUUGUGGGCCAUAACGUCGAAUAUUGUUCGCGAUCGAGGGCCUCUAAAUUUUCGAUAAUUUUUUAGGCUCUGGAUAGUUAUUCUAAAGGAAAGAACAAUUAUUGGAUCUUACACAUUUUUGACUAGAAUUUAUUCGCUCUGUUUUACGAAUUAAAAAACGUUUUUAAAAAAUCCAAAA